ACUCCACCAUGAGUGCAAACACAGACUACUCUCUCAUGGAGAUGGAGUUAUCUGAUAUCUGAGCCAGAACAACCCCAUUCACCACAGUCACAAUUCACCAACACAACACACACACACACUCACUCACUCACACAAACAUAUAGAGUAAGAGUGCAUUAAUGGGGAAUUACAGGUUCAAGUUAUCAGACAUGAUUCCCAAUGCCUGGUUUUACAAGCUGAAAGACAUGGGGAGAGGGAACAAGCAAACACACACUCUUUCCAGAAACAAGAAACAAUCCUUACCAUCCUCAACCACACAAUCAUCAAAACCAAAACAAACCCACCAUUCCAAUCCCAGAAGGUCUUACUAUUUCACAAGAGAGGUUAACCCUUACCCAACCACCUACAAACCCAACAAUUCCCCUGAACCUGAACCUGAACCACCCAGAAAAUCAUCCAAACAGAGAACCAGAAGAAGAAGAAGAAGAACAGCUUCUUCUGCUACCCCAAAGCUUGUUACCUCAGCAGGUUGUAACUGCCGCCCCACCAUCGAAUCUGUUUGGAUCAAAUCGAAUUCCCCACCAGGACACUCUUCAUCUCAUUCACCAUUUGAUGAUAGCUCUGCUGAAACAGAGUCCCCUGACCCAGAAUUCAGAACAGACCGUGUUCUUCUUCCCUCUGAGUCAUCAUCAUUUGAUGAAAUGGUUUCCUUAUCCACCUCCUGUGCCUGCACCAGAGACAUCGUUAUCGAUGUUGAAGGGAAUUCUCUUGCCAGAAAAGAUGACAAGCUUGAAGGCUGUGACGAUGAUGAUGAUGAUGAUGAUGUUGAUGCAUUUUCAGAGCUUGUAGAACUUCCUCCAAUCAUAACCAAAACACCCAAAAUCAACAACUUUGUGAGCGAUUGCAGGAAGAAAGAACCAAAAUCCAGAAGCAGAAUCGCCAAAACAAACGAACAAGGGUAUCUGAAGGUUCGAAUUGUGAAGGAAGAUUCAACUGCAGCAUCAGUGAAAGGACAGAGAAGCACUGGCUCUGUUUUUCGGAGAUUCUCCUCUGCUUCUCACAUGGCAAAUUCUCCGGGAGUGAAACUCCGGGUCAACUCGCCGAGAAUUGCUAGCUUAAAGGUCCACAACUACUCUCAUGGCAGGUCGUCGACGACUGGCUCCCGGAGAAGCUUCUCCGGCAGCUGCGCCGUCGUGAAGUCGUCGUUCAACCCGCAGAAGGAUUUCAGGGAGUCAAUGGUGGAGAUGAUCGUGCAGAACAACAUCAGGGCGUCGAAGGACUUGGAAGAUCUUCUUGCUUGUUACCUUUCUCUGAAUUCAGACCAGUAUCAUGAACUCAUCAUCAAGGUGUUCAAGCAAAUUUGGUUUGAUUUGACAAGGUAGAGAGAGAGAAAUGUGAAACCUCUGUUGCAUCUUCUUCUAUCAUCUCCUUCACAUUCUAACAACCUCUCCCUUAGACAAAAUUCUUAAUCAGUUAGUUUGUUCAUUAAAUUUUCUUAAUCUUCAUAUGUAUGUAAUAAUAAUUACAAAUAAUCAUAAUAAUUAUAGUAAUAUAUCUUUGGUUCCCUCUAA